AAUUCCAGAAAAUCCUAGUGCAGCAAAUGAGUGAUCCAUCAUCCUUCAUACCACCCCUCCAUUCCAUAUAUAAACAUGUUCUUCAUUCUCGCAUGGUACCAAAGAAGCCAUUUGAGUUGUACAAAAAUGACAGCAAUUCAACCUUCACCCAACCACACCUCUUUCCUCGCUUAUCUUCAGUCCCUCCCUGAGACACCCCACAGACUAAAGAAGAGAAUGUUUGCUACAUGGACUCCAGACCAAGAGCUGAACCAAGUAAGGUUAAGAUCAGGUGCAGACAUGAAAAGAAAACUCCAGUGGUUUGACUUGGUAGGCCUUGGUGUUGGAGGAAUGCUGGGCGUCGGAGUUUUCGUGACAACAGGUCGCGUAGCAGCUAACAUCUCCGGCCCCGCUGUCGUUCUUGCUUAUAUCAUUGCCGGAAUAUCAGCACUCCUUUCUUCCUUGUGUUACACUGAAUUCUCCAUUCAAAUUCCGGUGGCCGGAGGAGCCUUCAGUUAUCUAAGAGUAACCUUUGGGGAGUUCAUGGGAUACUUUGCUGGAGCUAAUAUAUUAAUGGAAUAUGUCUUAUCAAACGCGGCAGUGGCUAGAAGCUUCACCGAGUAUCUGUCUUGUACAUUCGGAGAAGAACCUAAUUCAUGGAGAGUUGAAGUGGGUGGAUUAGCAAAUGGUUAUAAUAGACUGGAUUUCCCAGCUGUUGCAGUUGUCAUUCUUCUUACUCUUUGUCUAUGCCAUAGCACCAAGGAGAGCUCCAUACUGAACAUCGUUAUGACAGUCUUCCAUGUGAUCUUCUUUGGAUUUAUUAUAAUUUCUGGCUUCUGUAUUGGGAGCGCCAAGAAUCUGAUACACCCAAGCGGACUAACUCCUUUUGGUUUUAGAGGUGUAAUCGAUGGAGCAGCUAUAGUCUACAUCAGCUAUAUUGGCUACGACACUGUGUCGACCAUGGCAGAAGAGAUCAAGAACCCUCCUAAGGCGCUGCCGGUGGGAAUUGUUGGGUCUGUUGUCAUUGUUACCGCACUCUAUUGUCUGAUGUCCCUGGCUCUGUGCGUGAUGAUCCCUUACAAUGAGAUAUCUAAUGCAUCAGCAUCAUUCGCUCUGGCUUUCAAAAUGAUAGCUGGUUGGGAAUGGGCAAGCAAUUUUGUUGGAGCCGGUGCAACCUUGGGAAUCGUGGCGUCUCUGCUGGUUGCCAUGCUUGGCCAAGCCAGGUAUCUCUGUGUUAUAGGAAGGGCUAGACUGGUGCCAUUUUGGUUUGCCAAAGUACACCCUUCAACAGGAACUCCUCUGAAUGCCACCGUCUUCUUAGGGAUAUGCACAGCAACAAUUGCACUAUUCACAGGUCUUGACAUAGUGGUGGACAUGAUCUCCAUCGGCACGCUGCUGGUGUUUUACCUGGUGGCCAACGCGCUGAUCUACCGCCGGUAUGUGGUGAACGGGAGCAACCAUCCGGCACCCGUUCUCCUCUUCCUGCUGCUGCUCUCAUCAAGCUCAGUUGGCUUCUCCAUGUCAUGGAAAUUCCACGAACAGUGGUGGGGCUUGGCCAUCUUUGGUGGCUCUCUCUUCAUCAUCACUGCCUUCUUCCACUACUUGCUCCCUUGCACCGCCCGACCCACCCAGUGGUCGGUGCCGCUCAUGCCAUGGCCGGCCGCGGCCUCCAUUUUUCUUAAUGUCUUCCUCAUGACUACCCUCAAAAUUAGGGCUUUCCAGAGGUUUGGUAUAUGGGCUUGUCUCGUCACCUUGUUCUACGUAUUCUAUGGCGUUCAUUCAACAUACAGUGCAGAGGAAUUGGGGAUGGAGGAUCAAGGCAUGAAUAAUCCAACCUUAUCAGCACAACAAACCAAGCUAGAAAUCCAAUUCGUUUAACUAAAUCCUGUCUAACUGUCAAGUGCUUUUGUUGUUUUCCUCCAUUUGUCCAGUUUUGAUCUUGUCAUUUAAGAGUAUAGACCUCGUGGGAUUCCUAUUAAGCACAAAAGAAGAAUAAAAUAAAAUCAUCCAGAGAUGGACACAACACCUAACAGAGGAAAAACGGAAAGGGGAAAAAGGAGGGAAAGAGACAGCUUUUUAUUUUUAUACCUUUUCGUUUUUGUUUCCUUUUUAUCUUCCUUCUUUGUACCAUCUUUCUCACUGUACCUAUAAUGAAACAAGAUGUGAAUUAUGUAAAACAAAUUCCUC